GAGAGGUCCACGAUGGCCUAAAAGUUUCCUUCAAAUUGAUUCCAUCGCUUCGAAACUCGAAAGUCACAUCAUCCAGGUGGGCUCAUAAUAUCGUGUCUUGACGACAAUUCGUGGAUAUGAGUGAAUCGACUUCCGGCUCCCGCGAGUGUGGGGCCUCGAGCCCCCGUCCUCGCCUUCUUCCGAGCAUCCCAACACGAAGCCAAGGGUUUCGAGGUCUAGAUCCAUUUCUCGAGGGUUUCAACUUUUCAACUCCUCGUCAGCUUCGACCCUUUGCUCCAAGAAACAAAUUUCUUGGCAAUCAAUCGGAAGCACAUCGUGAUCCAACGCGGUCAACAACCUAUUACAACUUCAUUGGUGCAGAAUCAUCUCUCGCCGGGUUCGCAAUCGUCGACGAGCUCCGUUGGUGGAGAAACAUAGAUACGGUGCCAAGGUGGAGCAUCUCCCUCGAGAUAUGUAGGCCAAGACUCCCAGCACGAAAAGAACAUAAGAAGCGAAGCAGAUCAGUUCAUCUGGCCGUUUUCGAUUUCUAUGACAGACAACUACCGACGCCAAGGAUAGAACCGGCCCGGAUAUGCGGGUUUCGUAACUUUUUUAUGAAAAGCAAUGCAGAGCUUCAGAAGUCGAGAUGCCAUUGAAUCGCAGGCUGGACUGCUACUCGGAUACCACAUUGAGAACGAAAGACGACAGCCGGCAUGACGACAAUGUUGCAGGACAAUAUGAAGAUGCCUCAAAAGAAAAGGGAGAUUCU